UUUGUUUUUAUUUUGUUUUUGCAAGAAGUUGCCACUUCGUGGCGCCACAUUUGUUAGGAUGCAAAAUGGCGGUGGACGGAGUAGUUAAUUGCUGUAAUGUGUUGACGUUUGAAUAAAUAUGCGAAAAGGGAUGAUCUUGGAAUGUAUCAACAACACCGAAACAUCUUAAGAAUUCGGGAAGAGCAGCUGCAAUGUCCGCUACACCAAAAUCAGAAAAAAAUAUGUCAGAAGCAGACAGCAACAGCAGCAAACCCCGUGGGGGUAAGCUGGCACGUCGAGCACGUUCAUUCAAGGAAGACUUCCUGGAAAUCUUGUCACAGAUGCGUUCCCCAGGCAGUGGUGGUGGGAGUGGUGGGGCUGGAUCUGGAUCUCAACGUUCUGGAUCACCACAUUCACCUAAGUCAAGAUCAUCCCAUAAAACUGCAACAGCUACACCUAGUGUCGACCUGGUAGAUUCUAGUGACAAGAACCCUGCUCGAGACCUCGAUCUUCAUGUUAGACAGGUUCAGUAUGCUUUGAAACAUUUUCGUGAUGUUGUUGGCAAAAACAAGCUUGAAGUUCUGCCGGGAAAUGGGACUGUGGUAUUAGAGACUGUAACAACCAUCCAUAGUAUGCUCAAAAUGUACGUCCUCAAUGAACAAAGUUCAGCUUUGGUUUCUGCAACAAACCAAGUAUAUCAAAGUCUUGCCAAACUAAUUAAACUCUGUGAUGAUGUUCUGCUACAAGGAGAGAAAGCUUUAAAUAAAGAAAAUGUGAAUGAAGUUAUCCAUCUUGUUGAAGAAGCAGUCCAGCACUUGGUAACACUAGCUCAGGAUCAGAUAGCCCAUAGAGAAAGCAGUACAAAAGCUACAACUAAUCAUAUAACUCAUCGUGGGCCACUGUUGGAUCGAGCAUCAAAUUAUGGUUUGGGAGGAACUGACUUUCCACAGCGUAGCUCAUUGCCUGAUAUUCCUCUUACUCCAAGAGAGCGACAGAUAUUAGAGCAGACAUCUACUUCUGUCACAGACAGGCAUGGAAUAAGUUCUGUACCACAUUCACAGAGCUCAGAGUCCAUAUUGAAUGAUACUAGUCCACCACCAAAACCACCUCUGCCAACAAGGAGUUACCAUAUAUCAGAAGGCAGUGAGGAACCACCACCACUCCCACCAAAACGUCGGCAGCGCUCAACACGACCAACACAACAGCAGCAGCAGCAGUUGCAACAGCAGCAGCGUGAUGUUGAAAGUUCAAGCCUUGAAGGCAGUGGCGGACAUCUUGGUACCAGUCUAGAGAGGCUCAGUUUACGUAGUCGUUCCCCAGAGGACACCUCCUCCUUACUUAGUGCAUCAGCUGGUAGUCUGGAUUCUGUUCUCAACCAUUCACGGGAUGAAGAAGAGUUACAAGCUCUUUCAGGACCUGCUGAUGAAUCACUCCAUUCUAUUGAUGGUUCUCUAGUACCAGGCUCAACUGUGUUAAUGAAUGGCAGCUCGUCUUCUAGUUAUUAUGAAGUGUCAUCCACUGUGACAACUGAUCAAAUACAAUCUGUGAUAGGAAGUGAUAAAAGUCCUUCCCUGUUGACCCCUCAUUCUGACUUGCUCAAGUCCCCAUUGUUCUCUACGGAUAUGCCUGGAAUAAUGCCUGGUACAGUUAUUGGAUUUGAUUCAUCAGUUAACAAGCUCGAUUAUUCAGCAUCUGAAUCGGGCUUUGCUUCUAUGCAUUCUGUGCGAAAUUCGUGCCAAAGCUACACUGCAUCGUCAGUAUCUUCACAGCAGUUCAGCUCAUCUGUGUCACGUUCAUCUCAGCAAAGUACUAUUUCCUGUGAAUCAACCAGCAGCAGGACAUGGCAGGUACACCAGUCAAGCACAAAAACAGAAACAAGCUUCUCAAACACAAGUGUAGUAUCGGGUGAAGGAAGUAGUCCUUCCCCACCAGCACUGCCACAGAAGACCCGUCAGUCGACACGGAGGCGUGAUCGGCAGCUGUCACAGUAUGAUAAUGUGCCAGGGGGAGGGGAAACUAUCAGCACAGAAGUAGAACGACCUGCUGUGGCAGGCUGCCCUGUCCAUGCUGCACAGCAGUCCAGCUGCUGUAGUCCAGAUGGGAAACCUCCACCUCUGCCAUUAAAGAAGAGACACAUAAUGGCAUACAUGGAAAUGUUUGGGAACUGCACACAUGGCAGCACAAGCGAAUUCAUGAGGCAUUCUGUACAUACAUACAAUCUCCUCCAAGCUGAGUGGCAGCAGCAGGAGCUCUCCCUAUCAUCAACACAAUCCUGCUCAUUCUCUCUUGUCUCAACAAGUCAGAUAUUUCCAAAUGCAACAACAUUUGGUACAAUUGACAGCAUAGAGUUUGCAACUUCGUCACCUGUGAAAGCACAACUGGCAAGUCUGCCCCCUGCUCUGCCUCCUAAACGAAGUCGAACAGCAAGUGUGAAAUCGGCAGCAACGCCACCUCCAGUGUCACCGACGUUACCUGGCACCUCUCCAGAGCUACAUCGUAAGGUGGAUGAUUGGAUUACCCCAUCACAAGAUGAUGAAACAAGAUGGAAACAUGAAGGCAAAACUGGUGGAACAGUUUCAUCUGUCUCAAAAAUGAGUGAUGUUACCCAAGACAGAGAAACUGAACCAAGUCCCUUGGAUGAGUUAGAUAUUACUCAGCACCUCGUGUUUAAAAAACCAGAUGAGGAUGGUCCAGACAUUAGGGGUGGCCAUCCUGAUGCUCUUAUAAUUCAUGCAACCAAAGCAAACAAGAAUGAUUUCUUGUACCAAGAAGCAUUCUUGACCACAUAUCGAACGUUCCUUUCACCACUGGAGCUAGUUUGCAAGUUGUGUCAUAGGCACCAGCGGUUUAGUUGUUCCUCAGACUUGACCAAACAGCGAGCAGCUCGUGAAGCUUUCUCACUUCUAGUCAGAGUUGUCAGUGACUUGACAAUUUCAGACCUUGAUGAUGUGGUCCUGAAAACUCUUAUGGAUUUUGUUUAUCAACUACUUUGUAGUGGGGAUCUCACAAUGGCAAAAGCUCUUCGCGUUAAGAUCCUAGAAAAAUACAAUGCCAAGAAACUGCAAAGCAGUGCUAGUACCUUACUGUCUUCACUCAAUGUGUAUACAAGACAAGCCACUCUGCUGGAUUUCAAAUCUGAACAAAUUGCUGAACAGAUGACACUGUUAGAUUCUAAUUUAUUUAUGAAAAUUGAAAUACCUGAAGUCCUAAUAUGGGCACAAGAACAAAAUGAAGAACGCAGCCCUAACUUGACUAAAUUCACAGAACACUUCAAUAAAAUGUCUUAUUGGGCAAGAUCAAGAAUCCUGGAGCAAAGUGAAGCAAAAGACAGAGAACGCUAUGUUGUAAAAUUUAUAAAAAUCAUGAAGCAUUUAAGAAAAAUAAAUAACUUCAAUUCUUAUCUGGCACUAUUGUCAGCUCUAGACUCUGCACCAAUUCGUCGAUUAGAAUGGCAGAAGCAUAUCACUGAAGGCCUUAAGGAAUACUGUGCACUUAUUGAUAGUUCAUCCAGCUUCCGUGCAUAUAGGCAGGCACUUGGUGACACACAACCUCCCUGUAUUCCAUACAUUGGCCUAGUUCUUCAGGAUCUGACAUUUGUUCACAUUGGCAACAAUGAUUACCUGCCUGAGGGUGCAAUUAAUUUCUCAAAACGAUGGCAGCAGUUUCAUAUUGUGGAAAAUAUGAAGAGAUUCAAGAAAGGAACUUACUCCUUCAAGAAGCAUGAUCGAAUUAUUGCUUUCUUCAACAAUUUUGAUGAAUUUCUAUGUGAAGAAGCAAUGUGGCAGAUCUCAGAGUCAAUUAAACCACGAGGGGGGAAGAAGCCCCAGUCGUGAAUUCACAUUAGUAUAACUACAUCACAGCUCACAUCGUGUCCGACAUGAAGCAAUUUUGAUUAAACAGCUGUUCUGAAGGUCAUAAAAAUGCUUUAUGUAUUUUGUCGUCUUGUUAAAUAAUAUUUUUGUAUGCAAUUUUAUAAUUUUAUCGCUGAUGUACAAGUACUUGUGAUAGUAUACUUAUUUAUUUAUUUUUGUAAGAUGGCAGAUGUGAGUGAAAUAAUUAUCUCAGGCAGCUAAUUUCAGUUUUCCUCCACCUUUGUUGUUGAAGCAUGUAAUGAUUUACAUUUGAGGGGGACCAACUUUCAUAUUCAGUAAAAAAUCAUUAAUGGGAAUUUUUCAUUCAAUCAGUUGUAAAUUUAUUAUUAUCUGCAUUGUCCUUAAAAUUGUAUUCUGUGAUGCUCCAGUGCUUGCAGCUCUAACUGUGCCAGACCUGAAGGCAAAAUUGUGUGUCUGGUAACUAGAAGAAUUUUGUAAUGUAAUCUUAGUCUGUAUCUUGCAAUAAUGAGAGUUAUUCUGCUUUUGUAGAUUUAUUGUAUUUGUUUUCCUUUGUUGGACCCACAGAAAAAAAACUUGAGAAGCUUAGUGGCAGCUUAUGAGUCAAAUUCCAGUAUACUUUAUUCGAAGAUGCGAGUGUUAUAACAUCUUCACUUUCUCAUCUCAUUCUUAAUAUCCGAAAUUAAUUAUGCUGAGAACAAGGUGUUCUCAUAUUGGAAACACCGAGUAUUGUUUGCACUGGAAGUUUAACAGUACACCUAUGGUCACACUGAUCAAGCAAAUAUUACGGAACAGAACCAAAAACUUCCUUAGGAAUUAAUUCAAAGCUUUCUCCAGUAUCAUGUACCUUGUAGGAAAUUGGGAAGUUUUGUUGGUGCAAUAGAUUCAUUUUAUCUUCUGUGUCCUGGUUAGAGGUGAGUGGUUGGUCAGCUGUUGUAGUAAUCAGUUCAAGAAUGUAGCAUCCAUACUCAGUAACAAAAAUGUAAUUUUUUUCCUCACUUCCUAAAUGGAAUAUGUAGCAGUUUAUUUCCAAAGAAAAAAGUAUCUGAUCUAUUCAGUAGCUUUUUUACAUAUUAUUUGUAUUCAUAAUGCCCAUUUGAGUUAGGCAUAUGCUCGGCAUGUAUUUUGUGUAACUGCUCUGGGCAUUAUAAAUUUGUUAAAAUGGUCAGCAAGAACAGUAAAUACGAGCAGAUCACAUUCUCCUUUGUUGCAGCUGUUUAUGGGAAUAGUUGUCACAGUACAGUCCCUUUACAAGGAAAUUUUAAAAAUUAUUGUCAUCAUAAUAGUAUUAAGCUUUUAAAGAGUUGCUUUUCAUCCCCAUUAAGAGUGUGUGUUUCAGCCUGGUUGUCAUAUUGUUAAUUGUGUGCCUUCGACUUCAGUACCAAACACUUAAAAAAGGAGUUUUCAAAUUUUAAUGAGUUACAACCAUUCACACAGGUAGAAACUACUUUAUUACACAUACCAUGUAACAUAAACAUUCAGAGUUUUGAAUUGCUGUUGCUAACUGAGUUCUCUGUCCUGUGAUGGAAAAUGUAUGAGGAAGCAAAAGUAGAAAGAACACACCAUUUGAUAACUUGUAGACAAUUAGUCAUUUGUUGGUAAAUCUCUUGUCUCAGUGCUGGUGGAUAACAGCUGGGUGCUUUCAAAAGGAGAUGGCUGAUUUCCUUUCCAACCUUUCAUAAUCUGAGCUUGUUCACCAUCUCUAAUGACCUUGCUGUCGAUAGGACAUUAAACUCCAAUCUCCCUUCUUUCUUAUUUGCCAGGUAUCAGAUUUCAUAAUUUGCAGGGAAACUGAAUGUUAUAUACUGAUCUUUUUUCUCAUGUGUUAUUUACAUGGAAUGCAGAUGAUUACAAAAAUGUUUUAGAGCUACCACCAUAAAAUAGGUGUCUUUGUGACUUCCAGAAAAUCAAUACUUGUAUAAUGCUGCUUUCAACGUACAUUUCAUUGUGUGAGUGUUUUUAAUACUCUUAAUAAUAUCUCUGAUUAAACAGCAAUGAUUCAAUAUCAUGAGACCAGCUGGACCUUCAUUAAAUGGAAAAUAAAUCCUUAUUCUGGUGUCAUGAACAUGUGGUCACUUCAUGUGAUCAUUCAAACAUUCAUAGUAGUGUAUUUAAUUUUUCUGUGGGUUUUCUUUGUAUAACAUGUUAAGUUUUUUUUCUCAUUUCAUCAGUAUGAAAUGUCUGUGCUGUUAUGUCCACACAGUGUGCAUGCAGCUUUAAUUUGUCAGAACUGAAGAUUCUGAAGCUUUUUACAUUUUACUUUAUCCAUAUUGUAUUGAAGAGAUGUGUUAUCUCAGUAUUUCACACGUGGUGUGUCAAUAUGAAUGUGUGUUAAGUGCCAUUAUGAACUCUUAAUGGUUUGUAUAUUGUUCCAUGUGAUGUCAGUGUAAAUUGUUCAGUGCUCGUAUAUAUUUCACUUGGUUUUUCUGUUGUAGUCAUAUCUGAGAGUUGGUUUCAGGCUUAUGCUGACACCUUCCUUAUUGUAAAUUUUGAGUAAGUUCACACAGAAACACUUUUUUGCCUUUGAUAUGGUGGGAGAAUUGUGUGUUAUCUUUUGGACCACAAUUUGUUGUUCCACAUUUGAGACUGAAGAAAGACUAUAGUUUUUCAGUGUAUAUUGCUAUAAAGGUAAUAAUCUUAAUAAUAUAACAUUUGUAAGUCAUUGUGAGGUUGUCACACGUGACAGAAAUUUGUAGAAAUAUUCAAGAGAGGGAGGGAGGCAGAGGAGUUAAAAAUAAUAUGUUGUUUUUCUAAGAUGUUGUGUUUGAACUGACGUAAUUUAUUUUCCUUUGCUUAAAGAUGUUCUACACUUUUUUAUUAGUAUGUAGCACUGUCAUAUUUUUAUAGUUAUUUUGUCGAACAUUUACUGUCACUGUACUCUUCUGAAAUACACAGAGAUUUUUUAUUUUUUAACUUUUUAUACUGCUGAUAGUAUUUGGUAUGUUUCACGGAAUAUUUUUUUUUUUUUUUUUUUUUUUUUUUGGGGGGGGGGGGGGGGGGGAGCAGAGGAAGUAAAUAGCAGAAAUGACAGAAUAUUUUGUGACUACAACUAUUAUAAUAGCUACUUUAGAAGGUUUGAUUUAUCCUUCUGUGAAACACUAAACUGGAGCCAUUGGUAAAAUUUGUAUUACCAGUUAUGUGGCAUUAACAGCUUUGUUAUGUGUUUACUUCAUUUUGUAUUUAAUUUGCCUAAGUGGAACAUUACAGUCCAGUACACUAAUAAGUAUCAUGGUUUUACUUAUUUCGUACUGUUUGUGUCAGUAAGCUGUUUUGAGUGUUUAUAAAAAAAAAUGAAGGUUGCAUUUGACAGUACAGAAACAAUUACUCAAUAAGAAUCCUAUGUAUGUGUAAUAACUUUGAGUUCAAAAGCACUACUAGCAUCACCCUCAUCCAUGAUGCACUACAACUUCAGUCUUUAGGUAAUAUAUAAGGAAAUGCAACCUGGUUUAGUCAAGAAAAUUUAUGCAAAACAAAGAUAUAAAUGGUUGUUUUAAGUUAGUGUAAAUAAUACAUUUUCUUUUGCCAUUGUUGGACCUUGUGUUUCUACAUGUAACAGUAUGUGAAUGAUGAAUGCAUGUAUUUUAUAUCUUUUGAGGAAAGUGCCAUAUAUAUUGCAUUUCUCAUUAUUAUUAUUAUUAUUAUUAUUAUUAUUAUUAUUAUUAUUAUUAUUAUUAUUAAUACUAAUAUUAAUAGUAUUAUUAUCAUCAUUAUUUUUUUUUUAUUAUUAGCUGCAUGUUGUUGCCUCAGUAAUAAUGAUAUGCACAUUCAUUUUUAUUUAUAGUUGAUUUUUUUCUUUGAAGCUAGUCAUUCUGUGUCUUUUUUUUCCUUUUGUGUUGUUGAAUAAAUGUUUAAAAAUAACAGAACAACAAAAAUUGUGUGUUGUUUUCUCCUGAUGCAACUGAUGAGAGCAGCAAAUAAAGUAUGUAAGAAAAUAUUUGAGCUCUAGAAACACAGAACAUACGAUAUUUAUGAUUAAGGUUAGCAAAACUCAUUGUUCAUAUAUUGUAGCAAAUAAUCUUUUCAUAUUGUUUAUAAUCAAUACUUCAUUCUUGCGUAAACUGCUACAGUAGAGCUUGCUGCUUGCUUAUAUUUCUUCCUUUCUCUUUCUUUCCUUUUUUCCUGUGUUCUACUAUAUAUUGGUGAACUUACCAGUACAGAACUGGAAUACAAUGAAGUUAGUAUUAGAGAUCUACAGUGUUAGUGUUGAAACUGAGUGGCUUGCAUUACUUUUGGAUACAUUUGUUAGCACUACGUUAUCACGAUUAAAGAAAUGAAAUAGUCUGUAGCAUUAAUUUUUUGCUGAAAUUGCAGCUCUCACUUCUGAAAAUCUGCGGGACUGUAGCCUGUGAUGAUAGAUUGAAACAGUAGUGGAGAAAACAGACAAAAAUCAGUGAACCUUUUAAGUUUCCCAUACCAUUCUCAUGGUUAUAUGAGGACACUCACCUUAUUGGUGAUCUAGCUAGCUAUUUAAAAUCUGUACUGUCCUUGAUAGACUGCUUGCUUUAUUUAAAGCUGCUCAGAUGCAUAAGUCUGUCAUUUGGGCCUGAAAAUGUGAUUGCUUCUUUGUCGAAUAUAACAAAUGGCUGUUGCAGAUAUAUAGUUGUUUAUUAUGGACGUUUUUGAUGUGGUCUUCUAUCAUUGUCUAAACUGAAGCAAACUUUUAUCAUUCCAUAUCCAGUGUAUCAUUUCAUCUGUUAGUAGUUUAUUGUCUCAUAUAUCUCUCUACAUUUUCAAUUAGUCUGCAACCUGAAAAGUCUUGUAUAGUCCACUAAUAUGAAAAGUGCAUGACUCCAUCAGGAAAAUUGUUAAUAAAAUGGAAAAGGUUAAAAGUUGUUGAAUAGUGUUGUAAUUCAUGUUGUAGCUCCUCGAAUUACAAUUUAGUACAUCUUGUAGAACAGCUCUCUUCCAAGAUUAAAAAACUGAGUCUUCAGCUAGUUUUAUGAAUUGUGUUCUUUCCUCUGUUCGUUAUAAUUUUAUUUAUUGCACAGUGCCUUUUCACCCACAUAGAAAUCAUAGUAAUCUGUGGCUUAAUUCAAAAGAAGGUGCUAAUCAGUAUUUCUGUAUUGAUUUCUGUCAAUGUAAUUUAUAAGUGUUGCAUAUCUUUGUGUCAUAAUUCUUUAGGUGAACAUAUCUGAAAGAUAACAUUUCCUUUACCUUUAUGCAUUGAGUGUUUGUAGCGCUGUAUGCUAAAUAAUAUCCCAUUACCAGGAAAUAUGCAUCAAAUUCAAAACAUAUAUAACCCUUCACACUGAAAUGCUAUCAUAAAUUUAUGAAAUCAGUCAUCUUAUCAUGAAUAUGUUUUUGAUCAUAUAUUUAUCAAGAUUCAUUUAUACAGAAGAUUGAUGACUCCUUACACCCAACAGUAUUUUAAAAAAUUACUAUCAAAUAUUGAUAGAAAAAAAUUAUCAGAGGUUUGCUAAUUCGUGCACAAAAAAUACAUGAACCAGAUGUCAGCUUUCAGAACGAAAGGUUUCGUCAUCUGGUGAGAGAGGGUUUAAGACUUAUACUCCUAUCCCCCUUGACAGAGGGUACUGAGUCACAUUUGUACUUAAUCUCAAAUAGACUCAUGUCUCAUGUUCUGAAACCCUUUCUAGCUGUUGCCAAGGAAAGAAAAUUACAAGUCUGAAAGAUACUUUUUGUUUCAUGUUUUGUUUGUGUGUGUCUUUGCAUCUACAGAUCAGAUUAAAUUUGUUUCAUGAUUGUAGUUGUGAUUUAGAGAUCGUUGUUCUGGUAGAAGAUAAUUAACAAGAGCUGUGGUAUUUAGUACACUGUAGCCAACAUGUAAAUUGUGACUUAUUAUCUCUGUUCUGUGGUGUUUUUAAUCAUAUGGUGCUCAGUCAUAAUCAGCCAAGGCUGUGUAUGAAGUUAUCAUUCACAAUUGUUACAGGAAGAAGACUUUUCUAAAAUAGGCAAGCAUUAUACAGAAUGGGAAAUCUUGAUUUAUCUGUAUGCAUAGAUUAAAAUGAACAGUUUUAUAGCCUUAUUCCCUAUUUUCCUUUGGCACCAAUUCUGUUAACAUCUAAAAGCUUGUAUACAUUUUGGCUCCAGAUAUGAUAUACUUAUUAAACUGUGAAUAUGAGUUGGAGUCCACAAUUUGUGAAGUAUUUAUCUUAGUGUUAAACUCAUUCCUUCCAUUUACACGUGUUUGUCCAUAACUAGUGCCAUUGUGAAAUAUUUUUUAUGCAAAAAUUCUAGUUAACUCUGUAAACAUGGAGCAAUUUAUACUAAUUAAUUUGUGCUUAUGCUCUUAAUCAUAUUUUUGUAGUAAUAUACACUAGAUUGGCACUACAUCACUCAGUACUAACAAGUAUGCAAGUAAUCAUGAACACCUAGUGAGACACUUUGAAUUUAUUGAAUAAACACAAAUUAAGAUUAUAUUAACAACUAAUGGUGGGAUAAUUCUAUUGUAAGCAGUGUGGGAAAAGACAUGUAUAGUCUUUGAUUUUCUAAUUUCUUUCUCGAUCCUUCAUUUUUCCCAUGUAGAAAUAAUAUAUUAGUGCUGCAACAACUGUGGAUUAAACGACAUGUUGCACAAUUUUGUCUAGUCACAGUAAAAAUCUCUAGUCUGCUAGAUUCCAGACAUGUGGGAAGAUAGAAUUAUUGUAACCACCAUGUUUAUUAUUCAUUUAUUCUGAGAAAAAACUUGUGUUUGGAAGAGCAGUGCUUCUAAGCACCACAUAAAAUUGUAACAUUUACACAUUGCUGUUGUAUUUGCAACAGUGUAUUAUAACCAAAGUAGCUUGAUAAUUUGGUACAAUUGUGGGAAAAAGUCACUGAAGGAAAAUUAUUGUUAGAAUAUGAUAGUUCAUUACUUGAAAUACAGACAAACCACAAAACAAUGAAUUUUUUAACCUGACUGAAAUACAAAUGCCAAACUUUUAAUAAUCACAUAUUCCUUCAUGAAAUAUUGAACAUAAAACGGAAAACAUAUAUGUUGUCUCCCCUAAGUUCCAAAUAUUGCAUUGUCAAUGUGAAACACCUUCCUAUUUCCUAGGUGCAGCUCUUGAAAUUAAAAGAUUUUUUUUUAAACUUCUAUCUUUGUUUUGAAUAAUUUACAAAUAAUUCAGUAUUGUAAUUAUCAACAACACUCUGCUCUCAGCUUUAGUAUCCACACUUUGGCUGACUGUGUCACUUGUGUCCAAGGAUAUUAGAAAUCAUGCAUAUGGGGAAAGGGUGCCACACAUCUUCAUAAUUAAAAAUAAAAAGUGAAAUAUCUAUCUAUGAGGGUACAAUUUCACAUUUUUAUUUUAAUUAUUGACACAUUGGUUAUUUUUUGUUGAUGUGGCAUUAACUGUUUCAGUUUGACUUUACGCAACAAGCAUUUAAAUAAUAUGAGAGUUUUCUCCUCGUAUUCUUGAAUAAGCUAUAUACAAACCUAUAAAAUAUCAAUUUUAUAUUGGUAACAAAUGUUAUCACUUACCUGUGUGAUGUGAUGAAAAUUUGUAUGUGCCCCCAUUUUUUUCCUGUGCAAUAUCCAUAUGGAUAAGCAGCAGCUAACAGCAGAAUGCAGUUGCAAUAUCUGCUCAUUGAGAAACAUAAUGUAAUUUUCACACAUCACAUUAGGAUUUACUAACUCACAGGCACAAAAGUUUUGUUGUAGGUCUUUGUUGUAAAUUCAGAUGGCAUAACAUUUUUUUUCCAGGCUCAGCUCAGUAUUUUUCCCAUAAGGCACAAUAGUAGUACUAUUGUUUGGUCUAUUAAAUGAAAAUCUUCAUUUGUUUUAAAGGGUUGAAAUGUUUCAACUUAUAAAAACUGUAAUUCUUUCAAGAAGCAGAUAUAUUAAAUUAUAGUUAGUAUUGGAGGAAGCUUCACAGAAUAUUUUCUCCAUAAAUUCUAAGACAUGUUCUAAAAUCUGGCGUAUAGUGUGUUAAUUCUGAUUUCUGUACUAGCUGCUUUUCUUCGAGGAAGUAAUUUAGAUCACUGGGUGCAAAGUAACUUUGACGUUUUGCUGGGAAUGAAAUUUCCAUGAUGUUUAGUAUAUUAAUUAUGAGUGGUAGAUGUGGAAAACUGAAAAAUUUUCUUUGGAUGCCAGAAUGCCUUGUUUUGAAAUUUACAAGUACAUAUGAAAGAAAGCUUUAAUGUAAUUUGUGAUGUAGAGCAUUAAGUUAAUUUACUUAAUGUCAACAUUGCUUGUAUUAGAAUCCUGUGCAGAGUAAAUAAUAAGUUCUUCCUAAGUAGUGUUCUGUAUACUCUUGUCAGGAAUCAUGCACAAUAAGUCAAUGCAACGAACCAGAUCUUUUAUGGAAAUUCAAAUUAUUUAAUAUAUGACAAAGGCAGAAACAGAUAUAGUAUGUUUUUAUGCAGGUGCUAUUAUCUUCUUAUUAUUUAAAUAUUAUGUAAUGCAUUUCUCAUUGUGAUGUCUCAGCAUUUUAAAAUGUUGGUACAUCAAUGUACUGAGAUACCUAAUAUGUCACUGGCCUAAUGAAUUAUGAGAAUUGUGCAAUAACUUCUAUUUUUCUUACAGAUUUAUGAAUUACAUUUUUUAAUACUUGUAUGGAAAAUUCUUAUACAUAAAGGUUUCACUAAUUUCAUACUCCACCAGUAAUUUUGUUUCACUGUGGAAAUGGUAUGUAGUCUCCUAUUCAUGAGAUGUUUUAAUACCAAUGCAGAAAUUUGUUUUCAGUUUGAGUAACAAAUGAAUUUCAUAAUAAUAAUGAAGAUAUAUUUAUAAAUAUAAGUAGAAUUCCUUAAACUAGGUUACAAUACCUUGAAAUGAAACCAUAAAUAAUGCAACUUACAAUAAUAACUUCCUGUGUAUUUGUGAUGUCCAUUUGUAAACUUUCUUCGUUUUACACGUUGUCAUAUCAUAAUUAAGUAGAUAGGUAGAAAUAAUGUGUCAUGUAACACAUUAUAAGUAGAAUGUAUGUGCAUCACCUGAUGUGUAUUCUUUGUUGUACAAUUGCAGUAAUGAUAGUUCUGUGCAUAUGUUGGUGUGAAGAUUCAAUCAUAUCAUCAAAGUGUGAUAAGUGUGGUUGACACUCAGUUUUCUGAUGUCAGUGUACUGAAGUGGGGUUGUGUGAAAUGUGAUAGCUUGUUCCAUUGAAUACUUGAAUAUUUUGAGGAACAAUUUUCAACCAUUGAUAAAUUUUAAAGAAAUCAUAUUUUAACUAUGUGUACAAAUUUAUGCAGCUUACAUUUUAUUUAUUGCUCUUCUUUAUAGAAAAUGUUUUCCAAAGUUUUUGGUUUGAAUCUUUUUAUCAAUUUUAUUUGUUAAGUGCACACAACCCUGUGUUAACAAGUAUGGUUUACCCUUCUCCAAAGUAAAUUCAGAGGUGUUUGUACCUGUGUUGAAAUUUUGCCAUUUAGUUUUAAGAUUUAUCUUUUCUUAGCAUUAAGAGCAGAAAAUAAUUAUUUUCCUUUUAAUUUAUUGAAGAACAACUGUGUUUGAGAGUUUUUAAUGUUGUGAACAAAAUAUAUAUUCAUAUGUGAUGUGAGAUGUAAACCAUUAAACAUGUAGCUCAUUUUAAUACAAUAUUGUUAGUAUGUGUGUGCAUGUUUAUAAUAAUCUGUUUUCCACUCUUCCUUUUCACCCUAAAUCAAUUAUUAGUGUUCUUUUAUGGAUGUGAAUUUGAAAAUCUUAUUAAUAGAUGAAUAAAUUCCUUUUCUCCUUUUUAUUUCCUAUUUCUAAAACCACAGUAGAACUUCAUGAACUUAAGAACAUGUAACUUAUUACCCUACAAUUAAAGACAAAAAAUAGCAUCGCUUUUUAUAUUUUAAUUGUGUAUAUUUCAUUUAGUCAUUAUGAGUGAUUCAUUAUUGUGUAAAGGCCUAAUUUUCUGAAAAGUCGUGUAUGUUAAUAUUUGCUGUAAAUUAUAUUAAUAAAAGAUAAGAACUACUUGUUAUUUAUAAUGAUUGUUGUUGACAGUGGGUUAACAAAACUUGGUGGUACACUGUCAGUGGCAAUUAACUGUAGGUCAUGUGUCAUAAUGAACUCUGAAUCCUGACUGUGGAAACAAUAGUAGUAAAUGUACAAUGUAGGCACCAAUGUAAAUUACAUUCCCCUUGUGAGCAGCUUUUUCUCAUUUUUUAUGAACAUCUUGAAUGUAAUUGGUGCUCUUUCAACUUCUUACACUCUGUAGAAGUAUCAUUAAUAUUUUGUUAAUAAUUAAAAUUUUAUGAAAGUUAAAUUAUUUUUGCUUAUUAGCAGGUAUAAUUUGCUGCAUCAUUAUCUGAUUUUAUAUUGUAUAAUACUGUGUAAAAUAUUUUUGUAAUUAUACUGUCGUUAUGUAGCUUUCUGUUAUGAAUUUUUUGUACUCUGUGAUGGAAAUGCUAAAUACAAUUUAUGAGUUACUUGUGCUUUAAUGUUA